AUGGAUAAAAGUUGGAUUGCCCUAGGUAGGACAGCUGAUGGAAGGAUGAGUAAACCAUAUAAUGAUGGGGUGAAGUUAUUUCUUCAAUUUGCAAUGGGGGUUAUAGAUCAAAAUGGUAAUCUGUUGUGCCCAUGUAUAAAGUGUGUGAAUCAUGGGGAACUCCGUGUUUCAAACGAGGCAUACCAUGAUGAUGAGAUGCGACUUGAUGGUGAUGAAAUUGUAGGUGGUAUUGAAGCCUUAGUGGAAGAUCGAAUAAGAGGGAAAUUGACUGAUACAACCCAAGGGGAGGAAAUGAGAACUUUUGAUCAAUUGUUGACUAAUGCCAAGUGUGAGCUGUUCAAAAAUUGUACAAAUUAUACUUUGUUGAAGUUUCUGAUUAAGGUGCUUAAUAUGAAGGUAACAAAUCAUUGGAGCAAUAAGUCAGUUGAUAUGAUGCUAGAGUUUUUAAGUAAACUUUUACUGAAAGAAAAUUUGGUUCCAAAGUCAACUUAUGAAGCUAAGAAAAUACUACGUGACUUGGGCUUGUCAUAUGAGCUCAUUCAUGCUUGCAUAAAUGAUUGUGUAUUGGUUUGGAAGGAGAAUGCAACACUAGAUAAAUGUCCGACUUGUAAGACAUCUAGAUACAAGAUCAAUCAUGGAAGGGGUAAGAAGAUCCCUCAUAAAGUAUUGCGGUACUUUCCUUUGACACCAAGAUUGAAAAGAUUGUACAUGUCAAGGAAGACGGCUAAGGACAUGAGAUGGUACAAAAACAAACGAGUGGACGAUGAGAUAUUGAGGCAUCUCGCUGACAAUGAUGAGUGGAAGGAAUUUGAUGCACAACAUCCCGAGUUUGCCUUGGAGCCGUAA